AUAAGCAUACCGCCGCGCGAACCGUUACGACCGACCGACCGACCGACCGCUGCAGUUGUGCACACCCACGUCGCAUCACCCACCGGAGUGCAUCCGACAGCGUUUGAUUCGAACUUCGCCAUAGACACGUCACGGUCCAGUGCAUAACGUUUCGUCUCGCUCACGUCCGCGGCGUGACCGUUCACACGCAGUACAACGCACUUUAUCGUACGUAUAUAUAUAUAUAUAUAUAGAUAUAUAGUAUACAGUCGUCGUCGUCGUCGUCAUGAUGUCUAGGCGACUGCUUGGACGUUACGCGGUGGCCGCGCUGCUGUUAAUCUGGGCCGCCGAUUCCACUUCCGCAUACGCCACGGACGAUUCCGUCUCGGACGACUCCGCCUCGGACGAUUCGACCGUGGUCCCCGGCACGGGCACCACCACCACCACCACCGAAUCCGCGGUCUCGGCCGCCGCCGCCGCUCUCAGGACGGACGUCGUCUACGAGCUCGCCGACUUGGCGUUCACCCGGCUGGUGGCGCACAACUGUUACGAGGCGUACGACCCGGUCAAGUGUCACGAGCUGUCCGACAUGUCGGCCAAGGACGUGCGCCUGUACUUCGGCGGACUGCUGCCCCGCAACGAGACCGUGGUCGCCGUGCUGCUGGACAGCGACGCGCAGCUCACCGGCAAGCCGCACGACGCGUUCCUCGUGCUCGACCCGUUCCCCGCCUACAAGUUCGGCCAUCCCGUGUUCAUGUUCUACGUGGACAUAGGCGUGACGGUGUGGAAGUGCGAGGACACCGAGGGAAUAUACACAGCGUUGAGCGAUAACACCACAGCAUGCAUACAAAUGGUUCGCAGUCGCUGGUGCAAUGAGCGUCCAAUGACGUCGUCGUGGGACUGUCAGGUCAAGUUCCUACCGAUGGUGGUGCCGACUAAGAGUGACCGUUUACAAGCUGACAACUUACUUGUGUGUGUGGACAGCAAGGACACGUUCUUGAUGAACUGCCCGCGGAUCCGGGACGACGGUGCUGAGCUAUCCGAUGAAUGCAACCACCUAAAGACUAACAACAGAGGAUGCACCAGAGGCAACUAUAAGUGUUCAGCGCAAAAACCGGUCAACCAGGCUGUAAUGCUGUUUGGUGGCUGGAGCCGGAACAUGGCUGACUUUGUAACAAUGAACGACUUGAUGUCGUUGAAGGAUCGACUCAUUUCCUGGGGAUAUGCCGAGAACAAUAUUCGGACGUUUUUUGCAAACGGCAUAAACAUGAGCGUGGACGACGACGGCACCGUCAGUUCGACGACAGUUAACAACGUCGAACCGGCCGACAAGCUGAACAUACGCAGAUAUAUCAAAGGCGUCUGUAGCGCCGCACGGUGUGCUGACACGUUUUUCCUAUACCUGUCCAGCCCGGCUAGGAGAGAUGGAAACGCGAUACUCUGGGACGCCAACGGCAACGGAAUCGUGGAAAGCGACGAGAUCUACACGUCCAAGGAGUUCUUGCACGACAUAUCGCACUGUUCGGCGCGCCGCGUGGUCGUGUUCGUCGACCAGAGCUACAGCGGUAUGCUGGCGCUGCACGCCCAGUUCCAACGUCGUCGCGUCGAAAACGUCAUGAUCAUACCGACCACUAGCAUGGACGACUGGACACCCAGGCACACCUUCAACGCGUACAUGAGAGAGUCCAGUAGGACCGCCUGUCUGUCCGAGUACAUCAAGCCUUUCCAGGAAUCCCAAAUGAUGCCACCGGUGUACACGGGUGUGUUCAUGGAGCAAGAGAUGAGGAACAUCUCGAUAUCGGGAAUAAGGCCAUGCGUACCGCGAUAAUAUAAUAACAAAUAAUAUGACGGAUAUCCAAUACCGCGCCGACAGCCAUUUUCUAUCCAACAGCAGUCGUCGAGUCAGCGGCAACACAUAAUAUUAAUAUCAUUCCUCUCAUUAACUUUAUAUAACAUUAAUUAUUUUUUGCAUGUAUCGUAAAUAUACGAUUAUUAUUGGUAGGUACGCACGAAGUGUUCACUUCAACAAUGUUGUUUAUUUUUAUUUUUUUUUUUUUUAUUUUUUGAUUAUUAUUAUUAUUAUUUUUUUUUUUUUAAUUAAUAUUAUUAAUUUGUAUAUGCUUUUAAACAUUAAGUAUUAAUAUAACUAUAGCUGCAGUAUACUCGCAUAA